UUUCCCCGCGUUCAACUCACCGCGCAUCGGCGUAACGAUCUACUGAUCAGUUCGGCGCGCGCCUCUGUCGAGUGUGGUUGUACGUUCGUUCGUCUCUUCUAAUUCGAGAAAAUCGUGCAGGAUAAAUUGACGAUCCAAGCGCUUUUCAAAUUCGACGGAUUCACCGAUUUGCAGAUUCGAGAAAUAAGCGAUCAAAGAACAAACACUUCCGUGAACCGUGAACCAUCAUAACAACUGCCAAUGAAGAUCGUGUGACUAUCUUCAAGCGGAAUGCGAUUAUAACCAUGGACAGUUGUUAUUUCCAUUCGCUUCUCAAGUAGAUCAAGCAUGAGGUUUAUUUAUUGAUAACUCCUUCAGUGGAUGCGUGUAGUGCCUACUUAAGUUUUGAGCCGAGCCCGAUUUCAUAACCUGACGGUAAAAAGAACAACUGGAAAAAUACUUUCUUUCUCCUGGAGUGAAAAUUCGUCGGGCUUACGUCUUGCGUUCACGUCCGAAGCGUGGAACAGGUCAAAAUGAACACCAUGUGGCUGGAUGAGCCACCGAUGUACGGGUGCCACUAUUGCAAGGAUCAAAGGCGUGAAGAAAUCCCCGGCAUCCUGAAAUGGCGGCGAACCCAAUUUGGGGACGUCCAAAGACUUUAUGAUUUGACGCGCAUGAAGACUUACGACGUCUUCGGAAACGUCGAUCCAGCGUCAAUCUUCGAGAACUCGUGCUUGUCCCUCGUGCAGAUCAACGCGGUUAACGAGGUGGUCACCAACAUAUCCCUGUGCAAUUACCCAAACAUUCCUUCUGUAUCGCCUGAUAGUUGGGUUGAAUGGAUAUCCCGUCAUUACGGAAUGCAAGCAGUGACGGAACGUAACACGUUGUUCAUUCACAUGCUGCUUUGGGAUAUUCGUUACAACGACGAAUUCUUCAAACGACUUUUAGACUCGGUAUUCAUUUCCAGUAUUCACACUACCCACGUGAUUUUGGUUAUGCCGCCAUGGGUGGCGCCGGUUGGAUUCAUGGAGGAACAGAUGACGCGAAUUGUUCCCAAUGGUCAAACCGACAGCUACCGAAUACAGGCACUUUACAUCAGCCUUCGUCACAUGCACUGUCCAAGACUGAAGAUCCGGCGUGUCGUCGAAGAGGACAACGACGACAUUAUUCCAAUUCUUGACCGAGAGUCCCAGCGGUUCAAGGAACUCUACGGAGAGUUUUACAUCAGUGAGAUGAUGCGAUAUCCAGAUGGUCUGCGUCAACUCGUAGUGGCCGAAGUCGACGGUCUCGCAACCGGAGUUUUGUGCCUCAAUAAAAUCGUAGACAUCGAGGCUUUGAAUCAACACUUUGAACUCGCGCCUUAUCACGGACUUCACAAGCCUCAUCCAUCCGACAAAAUUUACAGUGAAAACGACCACCAUGUUACAAGCGACAUCUUAUUUCCCACCGACGAGCUCCAGAAGAAAGAUCGCUUCAAGGUCAACGCGAUGUCGAAUUCCUCGACAUUUAAUGGUUUAACGGAGGAAACGGAUGAAGACUGGUUCUACAGAGAUAGCAACGAGACUGAAUGCUCAUGUUCCGACGACGGUGAUGCCUGCAGUAAAAUAUUUUCCGACGCACCCUGUCCAUCGUGUCAAAAAACUGAGUCAACCUCUGUUCUCUGGACAUCGGCGAGCUCUGAGGAUUCGGAAAGCUUUGGUAAGGGAAUUGGACCAGGCCAUGGAUCAUUAACGCGCGGAAAAACGAGUCGAACUUACGUCCAACUCAGGAGAUCAAAAGAUGCAAUGGUGAGAGAUGCGACGAUGAACUACCAACACAAUGGAUUGAUGCACCUUGUUCAAACUUACACAGAAGGAAAAGUCGACCUCGAUAUCCAAUUACAAAUUCAGAAAUGCUAUUCAAUAAUGUCGCAGAGAGUCACCGCAUUUACGCUCGAUGUGAGGACGAGCCAAGCUCUAUCAGCUUCCGAAAAAAGUAGUUCUCGAUCGAUCGUUCGACCGCCAGCCGAUCCCUUUCCUUCAGGCCCAAAAAAAGGUUCCGUUUUGCCCAGCAAGGUGCGACUCGAUAUGGGAACCAAAGAUGAUUCUUUAGCCGAGGAAGAGGAAACAAAUCCUACUGACGUUGUCAUCGAAAUUAGCCCGCAAAAAAUCAUCCACAAGGAGAUAAAUUGGCUGCCCAUUUAUCGCGGUCAAAUAAACGCCUUUACCCUGGAAUUAUUCAGCAUGAAGGAUGACGUCGAUGAGAGAUUGGCCCACGAUUAUCUUGAGGCAGUUUUCGAAUGCUUUCCUGAUGAGGAAUACUGUGUCGUUCUGAUACCACCAUUCUUUCCCACGUUUCCGCUGCUGCAGAGUUUUGUGCGUGUUCCUCUGCGAUUCAACAAAGAUUAUCCUGUGGUAAUGUACCUCGCGCAUCGUGCAAGCGUCAUUGGAAAUUUUAGAACCAGGGAAGCUGAUCCGAGCGACGUAACCCGGGCUGAGGAGCUGCUGGCUGGUGUUCCUAAACGAAGUCAGGUCAUCAAAGAUCUGGAAUCUGCUCUAGAGAAGGACUCGCUUUAUCUAGCCUACGUGUUUCUGUGCGAAGAAACACUCGUCGGAUUCGCGAUACUGCGCGUGGAAGAAGAGAUCGAAUUCAUACGCAGUCAUUAUCAGAUAGAAGACCAUAUCUCGUUUGACAAUGUACCCAUUGAUUCCCACGGACGGAUAAUUCACCUGACGAUGAUGCCAAUUUUCGCAAAUCUUCAUCGCUACUUCUUUCUGGAGCUCAUGCGGCUCAGUGACAAACGCGCUUUGUACUAUCGCCUGUAUCACAGUGACGCCAGUGCCUUGACGCGGGCAGAACCGUUGGUUACGUUUCUGGGUGAAAUGAUUCCCGUGACGCCUAGAAGAAGGCUGAAGUAUUGCCUGGAUAAUUACCCUGAUGCCCAACCAGCUGAUUACGUCCUUCAAGAAAGUGCGGAAAAUUUCGCUCUUUAUAUGAUGGUACCACGAAUCGCCAGCAUUCAAAAACUCGACGUCAAUGUCAGAGUAAUUGUCGUAGGUGCUUCGGAUUGCGGUUUAUCCGUGUUGGAGACCCUGGCCUUUGGACCAAAUGCCUCGACCAUCAGCUUCACCAACCUGACCCUGAUAUCUCGGGAUGGAAUUCCGUUCGAAAAUCGGCCUGACGAUAUGGAGAAAAACGAGCUACCCUUUAAGGGUCGAUACUCUCGUGACUACAGACACCUUAUUGGCACCAGGGCCUGGAUCAACGUGGUCCACGGGACGCUCACUGCCAUUAACAGAAAGGAUAAAUUCGUCAAGAUAUCGAGUAUGGGAGCCCUCUCUUACGAUUACUUGGUCCUCGCAUGCGGACUUCAAUACCAACGACCAAAAUUCCUGAAAGAGUUGAGAGCGGAGAAAAAAGGAAACUUCAACAAUUACCCAACCCCGGAAAACUGUUUGACCAUUAACACUGAACGAGACGCUGCUAAUUCCCUCAACUACUGUCAACGUGUCGUUACGGAUAAUCCGGCGUGCUCAGUCAUCCUUUAUGGAAAAAAUAUCGACUGCUACUCAGCACUGGCCAUGCUGCUAAAGUCGGACUUGAGACCAGAUAAUAUAACGUUGGUUGAACCGGCUGUGCAAGCAUGCGAUACUGAAAAUUCCAGCUUUCUAUCCAACGACGAGGUCGAAGAAGCGGUGAUCAAAGCCACUAAAGAAUCAGGUGUCAACAUAGUGCCAGGCGGAGAUUUGGUGGACUGGAUUCUCGAAGAGGAUGAAGAGGACGUUUUUAUCGUCUCGGUGAUAAUAGAGCAAGGUGGCGAGCUCCGGGAGCUAGUUUGCGAUGUCCUUUUCAAUUUUAAGAAGAAAACCAUCAACACCAACACAUUUCUCGCCAUUUGCGAAAGUGGUCUCGUCUUCGACGGAGCUCUUGUCAUAGACCCGGAAUUCCAAACGAACGAUCCUUGCAUUUUUGCUGCCGGUACGAUGACCAAGUAUUCGAGAAAAUUCUACGCCGAUGAAGUCGCCCACAAGUAUUACGACCUCUUCGAAGUCGGCGAAAAGGUUCGACCUCCUUUCCUUGCCAAUACUUUUCUCGGAGUACACAGAGUUAUGAUCAGUGCCCUUUGUUCCCGUCUUAAGCUGGGCCAGAAACUUAGGGAUAUCAUAUGUUCCGAAAAUGGUGCCAAGGCUAACGAAGCACCGUUGUCGAAGUUGGACAUGAUGCUGCCCAUAUUUAAAAAACCGAUAGUAACGUCCUGCCGACUGCCUGGCGACUACUAUUACCUCAAUAUAAAACGGCCCGGGAAUUUGAUCUGGGACGAUGUUAACGACGUCGUCAUGAUUACCGGAAGCCCAAACUCUAGUAUCGGGUAUUUUCAACUUCACCUCAACCAGUUCGACACCGUUGAAAGCAUAACCUGCCUCAGCAGAAAGGAGUUCGAGGUCGAAAAUUACAUCAGUUUGUACGGCAAGCAUCAGAAUCUUCUUAACGAUCUCAAGAUGCGGUUUCAAAACUCGAUGAUUCCCGAUUUAUACUCGUACUUUCGUGAGCCAUGGGCUGUCGCUCUGUUCCUUGACAGAUUUGACCUUCUUCGUGCUGAGAAUAAAGCCAUCCUUCAGUCUCCUACGGUUAGCAAAAAUCCCCCGAACCCAUGUCAUCGAAAAUAUCAUCGAUUCUUCUGUAUAUUCACUUUACCACAGGUGGUUUGCGACGACGCGCUGAUAAACGAUUGCACGAAGGCAUUGAUGAAGUCGAAAUGGGAAGCGAUGAAGCCGGAAGAUCAAGAGAUGAUCGAGGCUCGUUACGCUGGCUCCGCUUAUCAGGAGGAACUUGAAAACAAUUUGAUCGAUUUCCUCCAGCACUCCGAAGCCCAUCUUCCCAUGUACUGCAAUCCACGUUUCCUCAGGCGCUUUAUGGACGAUGUCGAAAAGCUCCAAGGCGAUCCCUUGUUCCCCAAACCAGACAUUUGGAUCCAAUGACUUAAUUCCAAUUACCGAUCGCUGUCGGAAGUGAGAGAGUCGAUACCGGUGUCGUAUUCCUCGUGCCAGAGUCCCUUCUGUAUCGGUGGCAAUAAAUUAACGAUCAUAACUCAAUAAAGCGUCUAGGAAAA